AUGGCUACCGCGCCGUCUGUAGCUACUGUGAUUGCAGUAGAGGCUCUACUCGUGGCAGUGGCAUUAGCCAUUAUCCUCGCUCGAAUCUAUCUACGUCUGGUGAUACAGAAGCAAAGUCUCAUCGUUGCAGACUGGAUACGCAUAUCAGCAUUUGUAUCUGCUUUUAUUUCGGCAAUCUUCGACAUUAUACUCGUGGUCGAGGGGGCAAUGGAUCCUGCCAACAAUUAUACGCUGGUCAAUUGGGAUGUGCCACUAGAGAAGCUACAACGAACCCUCAAGAUUACCUGGGCCGUAACGAUUCCUUUCUUCACAACCUUUUACCUCUGCAAAGCCUCUCUUCUUGUCGUCUACCUCCAGGUAUUUCCUACCUUUAUGCGCAAAGCAAGAAUUGUACUCUGGGCGGUGGUUGCUUAUUGCGUUUGCGCGUCCGUCUUGGGACCCGAAAAGGUCUGUGACGAUUGGCCGAUUGUUACAACAUUCCAAAUCUCUUGGGCGCUGCAUUUCUUUGGAUCCCUUGCUUUAUUCGCUUUGCCAUUUCUCCUUCUUCACAAGCUUAAUCUGCGCCCAAAGGUCAGGGUUGGUGUUUACGGCAUCUUUCUUCUUGGCUUUAUCGACAUUGCGUUUUCUUUAACUCGAUUUUUGACGAUUCAACUCACCAAAGUUGGCGACUUUGCAUCCAUAACAACAAUUGGUCUGAUAGUCGCCUGUCUACCUGCUCUCCGCCCAUAUCUUCACAGAAAAGGCUCCAAAUACAGCUACGCUGAGUCAGGCCGACCAACAGGAAACUCAACGCAUCCUGCACGGAGAACAGUGGACCGAGGCUUCCAAGAGAUUGACGAGAACCCGUAUGCGGAGGACAAUCCAGGGCCCGGCCGGUGGGCUGUGGGACACUCGCCUGAGCUUGGGGCAACAGGGUGGAGCGAUAAGAAGAGCAAUGGCAGCGAUGUCGAGCUCGUGAGUCUUGACAUAACAGCGGCCAAGGAUCGGACGCAUGUAUAA